AUGAGACUUACAAAGGGAAAGCAAAAGAUCGUGAUGAAGAAGGUUGAAGCCUAUGCUGACCGGAUGAUUACGUUCUCGAAACGUAAAUCAGGAAUCUCCAAGAAGAUCAACGAGAUCGUUUCACUAUGCAAUGUAGAAACGAUUUUUUUGGUUUUCUCUGAAUCCGGAAAGCCUUACACAUUCGCAUAUCCGUCUUUGAAGGAAGCAUUAGGCGGGUUCGAAAACCCUUUGAGCCAUGAACCGUUCGCAAGUAUCAAUGUGGGACCACUAGUGGAAGCUUAUAAGAGAGAGAAGAUCCAGGUCCUCAUGCAAAGGUAUGUUGAUCUAGUUGAGGAGCUUGAAAUACAAAACGAGAAGGAAAAGAUUUUGAAAAAAUCUGAAAAGGAAAAUAAGGAGAAAAUGUGGUGGAUUACUCCUACGGAAGGCUUGAGCGUGAAAGAGAAGAUGUGUAGGCGCCAAACAUUUUUGGAUUUACAUGUUAGCCUUAGCGAUAUGGACGGUGAGGGCAUCUUCUAG